AUGCCGCUUAGAAUCAUUCGUACGAAAAAGCUAGGGAUUGACAUUGACCCUUUGCAAGCAGCAAUCGCUACAACGGUUUUCGCCAGGGAUCUCAUGGCAACCAUGCAGUUUCCUCCAGCCACUGCCGCUGUCUCAGCUUUGCUACUCAUCUUGCAAACUAUCCAGAGCAUUCAAGUUAACAAGUCUGGUUGUGAUCGCUUGGCGCGUCGCGCUGCACAAAUACUAAUCGACAUCAAUGAACAAAUGCGUGGACGAUACCAUGAAGCUCCAGAGGCGCUUCUCAGGAAUUUGGACAGGUUUGAAAGCAUCCUGAUUUCUAUCCAUCAGUUCAUGAGAAAGUUGGCCGAUUCAAAAUGGAGCGAUAGGUUCCUCCGUAAGUCGUCAAUUGACGACGCUCUGGUCGAGUACAUGCGCAUGCUUGACGAGGCAGCGCAGGCUUUUCAGGUAGGGAAUGCUGCUUCGGACGCAACUGCUGACAGUGAAAGAGCCAUCAAUACUACGCCUCCACCCACCUAUCAUGAGGUUCUGAACGGACCAGAUUCAAUUGCCAUAGAGAUACAAAGCCCAGGAAUCGUUGAUGCAGCGGAGUGCAUAGUUGCUGAAUCCGAUCCUCUGGCGGUAGCAGGAGGGGAAUCCUUGUCACCGCCCGAAAAAAGAUUUAUGGAUCAUUAUCUCCCCGUGGAAUUGUCAUCACCGACCCUAGAGGAUGAUCAUGGGGUCAGCAAUAAAUUCUAUUUUUUUUUGGCUUGCUCAUGCGUGUUGUACCAACCUAGUUUCGACGAUACCACCAGUCGGAGGUUAUCUUACGUGGCCGGUCUCGACUGCAGGAUGGAUGGUGGGCUGGUGCGACGGAAGUCCAGGGUGUUGCUCAAAUUGUGUUUUCAGAAAUGGCUGCGAGACGUCAAGGUGCUGCAGAAUCUGUAUCCUCAAGCUCUAGUUCGCGAGGUGCUACGUUCGUCAAGUCUAGGGACCUCGAUAGAGCUGUUGUUGCGUUUUGACACGGCGAUGUAUGUUCAGAGGCAACUCAACCUGGAUGAGAACAAGGUUCAAGAUUUCAUCGAGGCUUCCUCAUUGCGAGUCGAUUCUCUCAAAACUCUUGUUGUUGGCCUGCCUCCUCCUCGGAAUGGCGAGUGGUAUACGGCACGGAACUACGGGUUAGCGCAUACAUUGUUGGAUGCGUGUUUGCGAAUGUUGCCAAACAACGGGCGGGUCACUUACUCAUAUGAUAGAGGGGACGAAUUUGUGACAGAAGAGAUGCAAAAGAAAGUCAACCACCUCGUCACUUUGGCACGAGCCCUACUUCCCGGCGGAAGACAAAUCCCCGUACUCCCAACACAGUUAGAAGCAUUGAUCGAAGAAACGGAUUCUGAGAUCCCUUCGCUGACUCUGCGACAAAUACGAAACCUCACUUGGAAUGCUGAAGGCACCCAUGGUCAUUCCUGGUAUGAGAGGAACGUGCCGGCUGAUAAGUUUUCUGUUGGUGAUAUCGGAUACAUUCCGGUUGGGGGAGACUUCGGAUCGUUCGUUCUUCUCAGCAACAUCAUCAAAGACGGAAAGGCUGUGCUCAGCCUAUCUCAGCGGUCGCAUGGCGAGCACUGGUGCUGGGACCAUGUUCCGAUACACAGGCAACCUCUCCAAGCUUACGAGUUGCCUGGAGCUGUUGUAGGAUGGCCUGUCGCAGUGCCCCCAUACAGUCAGAUUGAUGUCGUGGUGGUGCAUGAGGCCUAUCUUUCUUGUGUCAGGGAUGCGUGGCAAUAUCUAUUGAAGAACGGAAAGGGCCAUGCGGCCGAUAGUGGCAUUAGGCCGGAGGAUCUGAUUCUUGUAACCCACGUUGGAACACAUCAAGACUUUUAUGUCAGGGAUUUUCGAUCAAAACCUUUUAUGACACAAACACAUGCAGCAAAUCCCCGGUUUGCUGCGAAUCAGUUCCAUCACCAACAUAGGCAUGGUUUUACCAGCCACCAGGCUUGGGUUUAUCUAUUAACUUCAUUGGAUGCUGAUCACGAACCGCAUUGGUCACCAUCCCCAGUGUGUCUGCCAAAUGGUGUAUCGCGUCAACCUCUGGCGCAACAUUUCACGACGAAGAUUGGAUGGAAAACCGGGUUUUUGAACUAUGUUCAACUUCAUGCUGAGGACUUCGCUGGCACCUGA